GUCCCCGGGGACCUAGCGGUGUCAUUGGCGGAUGACCGCAGCUCUAGCUGCUGCCGCGUCCACCGCGACCAUGGUCUCUGGCAGCAGCGGCCUGGCGGCCGCCCGCCUACUAUCACGCACGUUCCUCUUGCAACAGAAUGGGAUUCGACAUUGUUCCUAUACAGCUUCCCGGAAGCAUCUGUACAUUGAUAAAAAUACAAAGGUUAUUUGCCAGGGUUUCACUGGUAAGCAGGGCACCUUUCAUAGCCAGCAGGCCUUGGAAUAUGGCACCAAACUGGUUGGAGGAACCACUCCCGGGAAAGGAGGCAAGACACAUCUGGGUUUACCCGUCUUCAAUACUGUGAAGGAGGCCAAAGAACAAACAGGAGCAACUGCUUCUGUCAUUUAUGUUCCUCCUCCUUUUGCCGCUGCCGCCAUUGAUGAAGCUAUUGAGGCAGAAAUGCCCUUGGUGGUGUGCAUUACUGAAGGCAUCCCACAGCAGGACAUGGUCCGGGUCAAGCAUAAACUGCUGCGCCAAGGAAAGACAAGACUCAUCGGGCCAAAUUGCCCUGGAGUCAUCAAUCCUGGAGAAUGCAAAAUUGGCAUCAUGCCUGGCCAUAUUCACAAGAAAGGAAGAAUUGGUAUUGUGUCCAGAUCUGGCACCCUAACUUACGAAGCAGUUCACCAAACAACACAAGUCGGAUUGGGGCAGUCUUUGUGUGUUGGCAUUGGAGGUGAUCCUUUUAAUGGAACAAAUUUUAUUGACUGCCUGGAAAUCUUUCUGAACGACUCAACCACAGAAGGCAUCAUCCUGAUUGGUGAAAUUGGUGGUAAUGCUGAAGAAAAUGCUGCGGACUUUUUGAAGCAACAUAAUUCAGGUCCAAAUGCCAAGCCUGUAGUGUCCUUCAUUGCUGGCUUAACUGCUCCUCCUGGCAGAAGAAUGGGUCAUGCCGGGGCAAUUAUUGCUGGAGGGAAAGGUGGAGCUAAAGAGAAGAUCUCUGCCCUCCAGAGUGCAGGAGUGGUGGUCAGCAUGUCUCCUGCCCAGUUGGGAACCACCAUCUACAAGGAAUUUGAGAAGAGGAAGAUGCUAUGAAAGAACAAAGCAUAAAGUUUCUUAAACUUGUGGAGUGAAUCAUGACAUGUGAACCAGUGGCAGUUUGCUUCUCUUGUCCAUUGAUUGUCAGCCUAUGUGCCUGAUAUUGAUCUUUUAAAACGAUGGGAAGCCAAAGCAAGAUUUAAAAUGUCCUAAAUUGAGAUGUUUUCACCUCAUUGUAUAACAGAGACAGCCAAUAAAUCUACCUUGAUUUGAA